CCCGCGCAGGUCCUUGCGCUCAUGAAUACAAAAGAAGGCCCAAGGGGUGUCGUGGCCGGGGAGGUGAGAUGGCGUCUUCUUAGAUUGCCGUCUUUAUUUGUGUAGGUUUUUGAGCGGCUGGCGGCCAACGGCGCCGCGCCGGCACUCUGUAAUUACACACCGCCUGCAGCACCGGAGUGAAGAUAGCUGACAUGAUGGAGCUGGAGGAUAAUGCAGUACAGAGCAGCAGCGAUGCUGCUCCCUCAGGGCAGGAAGAACCCUCUGAGAGUGGCAUAGCAGUGGAGACGUCUGAGGCAGUAUCUGCAGACAGCAGUGACACAGUUACCACCCUUGGCGUAGCAAUCGAGGCAGACAAUGGCUCAGGGGUUGAUUCUGGUGUCGGUCAGAGCUCUGAAGAAUCAGUGGAGUUAGUUCCAGAAACUAGUUCCAGUACAGAUGUCAGAACCAUCACACAUCUUCCAGACUCCUCUUCAGUUGCUCAGUCCACCAUUGUGUCCAGUGUCUCUACAGUUACACAGUCUAUCAUGGUGUCUGAAUCUGCCCAAGUACUGGUCCAUUCCAGUGUGGCACCAGAUGGUACCAUGAUCGUGUCAGACUCGACUGCUUCUACGUCCUCCGAUCUUGGAUCAGCUAUUGAUAAAAUUAUAGAAUCUACAAUUGGGCCUGACAUUAUGCAGAGUUGUAUUGCUGUUACAAGUGCAGGAGAUGAAGGAGCUGAAGUUACGCAGUACCUUGUGCUGCCAUAUCCUGAUGAUGGUGGUCCUAUUGAUUCCCAAAUGUCCAACUCUCAGAUGUCUAGCUCCAGGCUUUCCAAUGUGUCAGGUGAUGGAUUAGGAGAAGGCCCAACAUCCACUUGUGCAGACCAUCUAGAGCAGCACGACUUGACUAAUCUGGAAGACAUGAUGGAGGUGGUGGUGGUGCAGCAGUUCAAAUGCAAGAUGUGUCCAUAUAAAAGCAUCUCUAAGGACAAUCUCAUCAAUCAUAUGAAGGAUCGACAUCUCAACAUUGGUGGUUUUCUGUCUAAGAAGAGAGGAAGGGGCCGGCCAAGGAAACAGAGUGCAUCACCAAGACCAGAGGAAACUAAGGCUCAGGAACAAGAACAAGAUGAAGAGGAUGAUGACAUUGUGGACGCUGGAGCCAUUGAUGACCGAGAAGCUGAUAGUGAUUAUAACCCAGCAGAAGAUGAGACACGUGGAAGGCAACCAAAUUACAAUCGCAACGUCACAACUUCGACCAGUGACCGGCCUCGGAGGCGUCCUGGGAGACCUCGCAAAGUUUUGCGGACAGAGGCAAUGUCUGGGAUUGAUGGAGCAGAGGUUGAAGCACUCGUCACCUCCCAGUCGAACACGAUGGACCUCCAGAGUUCUGAAGCAGCUAGUUCAACUGCACAAGAGAAUGGGGAUGUAUCAGCAGGCAGUGAGAUGGUAGCUGAGUCAGGGAUCAGUCAGUCUGAUUCUGAGAACAAAGACCCAUCAUCAAACACCAAUGAGCUACCUUACAAGCAUUCGAGACGACGUGGUCGCCCACCCAAGAGGUUUGGCAGGAGGAAGUACCGAGGCUAUUUGGGGCGCAGGUACAAUUAUUAUAGAUCCAGUAAGCCCCUAAUGAGGCCUCAUCACUGUCGGAUCUGUGGCUCCCGUUUCCUGACACAAGAAGACUUAAGAUUUCAUAUUGAUUCGCAUGAGGGGAAUGAUCCAGAACGCUUCAAGUGCAUGCAGUGCAGCUAUCGCUGCAAGCGAUGGUCAUCUCUGAAGGAGCACAUGUUUAAUCAUGUGGGAACAAAACCAUACAAAUGUGAGGAAUGUGAUUAUACAAGUGUGUACAAGAAAGAUGUCCUCAGGCACUCCUCUAUUCACACUAAGGAGAGGAAGAAGAAAGCGGAUCUGGUGCCCAAAGUGAACUCCUAUCCCUGUCCUGUGUGCUAUCGAGUCUAUCCCAUGCAGAAAAGGCUCACACAGCACUUAAAGACACACAGUGCUGAAAAGCCUCACAUGUGUGAUAAGUGUGGGAAAUCUUUUAAGAAGAGGUACACAUUCAAAAUGCAUCUACUAACCCACAUUCAGGCUCUCGGAAACAGCAGAUUUAAAUGUGAAUUCUGUGACUAUGUCUGUGAAAACAAGAAGCUCCUUCUUAACCACCAGCUAUCGCAUACUACAGAUAAACCAUUUAAAUGUGAUUUUUGCAAAUAUUCCACCAUCAAAGAAGAUUUCCUGGUUUCUCAUGUUGCCAUUAAACAUACAGGUGAGAAGCCGUUCUCCUGUGACCUCUGCCAUUUCAAUACCAAACACAAGAAGAACUUGCGACUGCAUGUUCAGUGCCGCCAUCAGGAGUAUUAUGAAGACUGGGCAAAGAUCCAUCCCGAAGAGCCACCACGCAGACGCCGGCCAUUCUUCACUCUGCAGCAGAUCGAAGAGUUAAAACAACAGCAUGAGCAGAUGCAGUCUACACAGGAAAGCGUGAGAGAUACCAUUAUACCCCUGACCUACCAGACUGUUCCAACAUCGAUGGUCAACCAAGAUUCUUUGGGAACUGCUACAAUCAUUUAUGAGCAGGGUACAAGCGAAUCUUCUGAGAUCACUGCACAAAGUGCUCUAGAUCUUCUGCUGAAUAUGAGUACGCCAAGAGAACUGGUAACAAACUCAUUACAGGUGGCUGUACUGAAAUCAGACAGUACAGCCCAAGAUCAGAUCUCUCAGGAAUCUCAAAACCGUGAGGAAGAGCAAUUGACCAUGUCACCCCAACACAAAAUUGUCACAUUGCACGUGGGCGAACAUGGUGAGACCGUGGUCCAGGAAAUGUACGAAACUGCAACCCUAGAGAACUCUGGAAUUCCACAGGUUACCAUCAACCCCUACACCAGUGGGACAGAAUACAAUAUUGUCACACCAGGAAGUGAGGAAAUGCAACAUGCUACCACAGUUUACAGUGGCUCUGAUGGCAGUGGGGAUGUUGCUCACACUGUGGUAGUCAGUGGCGAUGAGUUAAAACAGCACCAUGGUCACUUCAUAAUGACAACCAACGUGCAGGGGAAUCAAUUUCAACAGAUUGAGUUUAAUGGUGACAUCACAGCUCCACAAGUCGAUUCAAACCUGCAAUCAUCGUCAAUGAAGAAGUUUUCCUGUAAAAUAUGUACUGCCUCGUUCCAUGGCCGAGCAGAGAUGGAGAGUCAUAAGAGAGCACAUGCAGGGGAGCAGGGCUUCAAGUGUCUUGAUUGUAAUUUUGCAGCCAGUACCUGGCCAGAAGUCAGAAGUCAUAUGCUUCAACAUUCUAACUUGCGACCUCACAAGUGUAACCAGUGUAGUUUUGCAUCUAAGAACAAGAAAGAUCUUCGGCGGCACCUACUGACACACACAAAUGAGAAGCCUUUUUCUUGUGAUAUUUGUGGACAGAGGUUUAAUCGAAAUGGCCACCUGAAGUUUCACAUCGAACGACUGCACAGCUCUGACUCUCAGCAGAAGCAGCCUCGACAGCAGCACGUCAUUCUGAAUAGUGAUGAUGAAGCGAUUGCUCUGCAAACAGAUGAAACAGUUAUUUCACCAGAUAGAUUUCAGACGUUGGCCCCGGACCACAUCAUUGUAGCCCAGGAGCAGUCUAUUUCCGACCAGGAUGAGACAACGUACAUUCAACACAUAACGUCUGAUGGACAGACUGUUCAACACCUAGUUACAGCAGAUAACCAGGUACAAUACAUAAUUUCACAGGAAGGUGUACAACAUCUUGUUCCACAGGAGUAUGUAGUUGUCCCUGAAGGUCACCACAUUCAGGUACAAGAUGGUCAAAUCCACCACAUACAAUAUGAAUCAGAUCCACAACUACACCAGGUCUUAGAGGGACAACAGAUCGCAGUAAGUCAUGAUGGACAGAUCCAAUACGUGCCAAUCACUGACCAGCAAAUAGUGACACAAGCUGAGCUCGAAGCUGCUGCACACUCUGCUGUGACAGCUGUAGCAGAUGCUGCCAUUGCUCAGGUCCAAGGGAUCUACGCAACUGAGGCUACAGAAGAACAAAUACAGCAACUUCAGCAACAAGCAAUCCAAUAUGAGAUGGCUCAAGCUGAGGUCAUUGCAUACUCUGAAGACUAAAACAAUGCAAGUGGCAGCAGCAGAAGAUGACUUGAGCACUUUUAAAAAAACAUUUUAGUAAGAGAGGGAUGCAUUGAGGAUGAGAGACAGGCAAAAUGACUGAUCUCCUUUUCCUGCCUUGUAAUACUUUUGGUUUGCUUCUUAGAUUAUCCUGAAUACUUGCAUGAAAUGAACUGAAAUGAAAAAUAGCACAUUUGUACUUUUUAAUUCCCCCUCUUUCACUUUGUCUAUCCACCCAUAUCCCCAACUUGUAAACAGGACUUCAGUCCAACUAUUAACUACUUUGAAAAUCACUUGCUAAUGAAUCCUCAGAAAUGGCCCCCAUUUUCAAAUCCCCUUCUUUUGAUAGUUAUUAAAAGGUUCAGCACAAUGUUUAACAGCUGAGGAGCCAAUGUGUAGAAAAAAAAUGUAAGGUUCCUGAUUUUGACAAAUGUUAUGUAAACAGAUCUAUACAUGACUUAUAUUUAUGUUUAUGUAUAUAGAAUAUAUACAAAAAUAUUAUGUAUAGAUUAUUAAAUUCCUACAGGUGAAUUAUAAGGCAGUGACCUAAGUUGAGGAAUUUAGUUGCUAGAUCAUUGCCUCUUGUUUUCCAUUUUAAUAUAUAGCAGAUAUUGAAUUUCAAAAAAAAAAUAACAUUACAGUAAUCUAGCCUGUGAUGUAGAAUUUUGUUUUCCAGGUGAAAGGACAAAAUGUUCUUGUUAUUUUGUCUUUCCUUCUGUUUUUAUAUGUCAGAAAUCUGAAAUUGUAUUGGAUCACGUGAUAGGAUGUGUAAUAACUUUUCUGGGGAGCAAAACACCCUUUUUGAAAAAUUUUAUGUUUGGUGCGUAUUGAAAUCAAGUUUAAAAUGUUUGAAGGAAUUCUCCCUCUUCCACCUUAUCCCCUAAUAAAUAGGUGUGUAAUGGUACUGACUAGGAGGAAAUUCAACUGUAAGAACCAGGAAAUGUUCGGCUUAAACCCAACUCACCGUUAAGCUGGCUGAUUUCAGCUCUCCAUCAAUUGAGUCAUUAAUUCUGGUCCCUAUUGUAGUGAUUAACUUAGCACCAGUAAUGAAACUUACUUCGAAACUUUUGACAGGAAAACAGUUUAUUGGGAGCCUUUUCACCCAUUAUAAAUAUCUAGAUAUAGCCCUAUUGAGAAAAAGACCAGGAAGCUUAUCUGUAAUAGGGUUACAUCUUCAUAACAGUACUGUUUAUUUUCUCCUGGACUGACUUUUAAAGACUUUUCAUUUGUUGAAACAAAGGCCUAGUUUGUACCAUAUCAGGGAAUCAAAGCUGAAUUGGAAGCUGAUGUCUCCAGGUUUAUCUAUUUAAUAGUUCCUGGGUUACAUAAAGAGCCAGUCAAGUUCAGUAAUGCUUACCGCAUGCAACUUUCUUUGUUCGAUUAUCCAUAUGGUUUCUUUCAUAAUGCUGGAAUCAAAAAUCCAUCACUACAACCUGCCACUGGUCAGUUUUUGCAUUUUCCCAUGAAUGCAUCCUGCUAAUCUUGCAAAAUUAAGCUGUACAUACAGUAUUGUACAUAGAAUAAUUUAUUACAUAGGAUGAGAUAUUUUGCUUACCAAAUGGCAUAAAAUGAUUACAGUUGACUCUUAUUACCUCGA